UUCUGCGCAAAGUGCCUGCCUUCUUACGGUUGGCUGGGUCGCCGGUUUCCCGGUGUUACGGUGCCUGAUACGUGAAGGAAGCUCCGCUGGGUGGGUUUAGUUCCGUCUUGUCCGGGGCCCACACGGACUUCAGCAGGGCGAAGACUGGGAAAAGUCAGGGGCCCGUGGCGGGACGAGAUGGACCAGCUUGACCCUCAAGUUCCUGGCAGGCAGAAGAGGGGAGUGGUGUUGUGUCACCGUGUGUGGCAGAUUUAGGCCGUGGACCUGGUGGUAGGGCGUCUAUGGAGUCCAGAGACUCUCAGGUCCAGUGACUGAGGGUCCUGCGAAUUUGCGACCAUUUGUAUGACAAUGGUCGCGUUGUAUGUUCUUGUGACCGUUUGAUUCUGACCCUGCAGUUUUUUCAGAUACUGUGUGCUUUUGUCAAUUCUUUGUGUGUUUCUGCUUUUCGGACUCGAGCCUGUUACAAUAUUGAAACUUACAAGGUUCCGUUUAUAAACCACAGUCACCAAGAUAUUAAAUGGGAGGAAUUUUAAACGUUUGUGAAUCCAUGUAACUGAAACACCCAUGCUUUUUUAUUCUCUGUUACUCCACUACUGCCCUAAAGAUUUUUCCUUUUUUUUCAGCAUUUCAUAUGGGUCAGGCUCUGACUUGAGAAGAAAUAAAAAACCAUUGACAAUGAAAGUUGAAGACUCUGCAGUAAUUUUGCCGAAGAGACUAAAAUGGAGAAAAUGCCUCUGAAAACACUAGCCCAAUGCUUUUCUGCUAUGAUAGGCUGGCAAUGAGAACAAAAUGCUGCAGACUACAGCAUGCUAAAUAUCAGGGACUUGUAGUUGUUGAAGAUUAUCAGAGAGGCUACUGACUCAUAAGCUUACCAUGAAGCUAUAUAAAGCCCGUAGAACUAUGGUACCUCUAGGAUGUCUUCCUUUCACUAGAUGAUAUUGGGCGCUGUUUCAGAGAGUGUGAAUUGGUCUGGGAAGGGACAAGAAACUCCCAAACACUACAUAAAAGGAACGUGCCCUCCAAAUGAGUCUUUUGUUUGUAUUUUGUCUUUACCAAUAGUAAAUUUUUUCCUGUCUGCUGUAAGAAUUAUUUUUGCAUAUCAUUUUGUUAAGAGAUGAUAAAACAACAGAAUUGGGUGUUCUAUGUGCAUCCAGCUUCCUGAUUUUUUAUACUUGGAGAUUUGUCUAGAUCUCCUUUUAUUUCUGUUAACUUUGCCUUAUAUAUUUUGAAGCUCUCUUAUUGGAUGGUAUACAUUUUGAGUUGUUUGAAUUGUAAUAAUUUCCUGUUGGAUCAGUCCUGUUGGAGUUUACUCUUUAUUUAUAAUAAUGGCUUUUUUUUUUUAAUUCUUGGUCUAUUUUGAUAUUACUAUAGUUUCACCAUCCUUCUUUUGGUUAGUGCAUGGUUUAUCUCUAUCCUUUUGUUUUUAACCUGUUUUAUUUUUAAAGCAUGUCUGUUAUUAAACAGCAUUAUUUUAAGAUCAAUAACGACAAUCUUAAUCUUUAAUUUGACAUAUUUAGUGAAUUACAUUUAAUGUAGUUGGAUUUUGGUCUACCACCUUAGAAUAUAUUUUCUUUUUUGGCCUAGCUUUUAAUAUUAAUUUUUUAUUUUGAGAUAAUUCUAGAUUUGCAUAAUUCAGAGAUCCUGUGUGCCCUUUAUCCAGUUUCCUCCAAUGUCAUCCAAGGACACUGCCGUUUCCCAAGAGAAGAGCCAAGAAGAGGAAAGAAUGGCUGUUGGACUUCUUAAAGCCAUGUACCAGGAGUUGGUGACCUUCAGAGAUGUGUCUGUAGACUUCUCCAGAGAAGAGUGGGAUUGUCUAAAUUCUUCUCAAAGGCAUCUGUACAGUAAUGUGAUGUUGGAGAAUUAUAGGAUCUUGGUGUCCCUAGGACUUUGCUUUUCUAAGCCAAGUGUGAUAUUAUUAUUGGAACAAGGGAAAGAGCCCUGGAUGGUGACGAGAGAGCUGGCCAAAGGCUUGUGCUCAGGCUGGGAAUCUAGGUGUGAGACUGAAGAAUUAACCUCAAAGCAAGAUAUUUAUGAAGCACAAUCAUCCCAGAAGAUUCUAGAAAAACUUACAAGCUGUGGCCUUGAGUAUUCCAGUUUAAGAGAAGAAUGGAAAUGUGAGGACCAUUUUGAGACACAGCCAGUAAAUCAGAAGGCAUGUUUCAAGGAAGAGACAAUCACUCAUGAAGAAGCCCUUGUUAAUAAAAGAGCACAAGAAUAUAACAAAUCUUGGGGAAAUUUCCAUCCGAACACACUACUUCAUACACAACAGAUAACCACCAAAGAGGAGAAAGUACAUAAACAUGAUACACAUAAGAAAAGCUUUAAAAAAAAUUUAAUGGCCAUUAAGCCCAAGAAUAUCUAUACAGAGAAAAAACUUUUGAAAUGUAAUGACUGUGAAAAAGUCUUUAGCCAGAGCUCAUCUCUUACUCUUCAUCAAAGAAUUCAUACUGGAGAGAAACCAUAUAAAUGUGUAGAAUGUGGAAAAGCCUUCAGCCAGAGAUCAAAUCUUGUUCAACACCAGAGGAUUCAUACUGGAGAGAAACCCUAUGAAUGUAAGGAAUGUAGGAAAGCCUUCAGUCAGAAUGCACACCUAGUUCAGCAUCUGAGAGUUCAUACUGGAGAAAAACCUUAUGAAUGCAAAGUGUGUAGGAAAGCCUUUAGCCAGUUUGCUUACCUUGCUCAACAUCAGAGAGUUCAUACUGGAGAGAAGCCUUAUGAAUGUAUUGAAUGUGGAAAAGCAUUUAGCAAUAGAUCAUCCAUUGCUCAACACCAGAGAGUUCAUACUGGUGAGAAACCUUAUGAAUGUAAUGUCUGUGGGAAAGCAUUUAGCCUUCGUGCAUACCUUACUGUACACCAGAGAAUACAUACUGGAGAGAGACCCUAUGAAUGUAAGGAAUGUGGGAAGGCUUUCAGCCAGAAUUCACAUCUUGCUCAACAUCAGAGAAUUCAUACUGGAGAAAAACCUUAUAAAUGUCAAGAAUGUAGGAAAGCAUUCAGCCAGAUUGCCUACCUUGCCCAACAUCAAAGAGUUCAUACUGGAGAGAAACCCUAUGAAUGUAUUAAGUGUGGGAAGGCUUUUAGCAAUGACUCAUCCCUUACUCAGCAUCAGAGAGUUCAUACUGGAGAGAAGCCUUAUGAAUGUAACGUUUGUGGAAAGGCUUUCAGUUACUGUGGAUCCCUUGCCCAACAUCAGAGAAUUCAUACUGGAGAGAGACCCUAUGAAUGUAAGGAAUGCAAGAAAACUUUCAGGCAGCAUGCACACCUUGCUCAUCAUCAGAGAAUCCAUCUUGGGGAGUCACUCUCACCACCCAAUCCAGUUAAUCACCAGGUUCUCUAGACACUAUCUCAUAAAUAUAUCCAGAAUUUAUAUUCUUUUUUUUCUAUCUCUAAAGUCACCGUAGAUUCAUCUCACCUCAAUCACCAUACUGUAGCUUUCCAAGAGGUCUUCCUAUAUCAACUUUUGAUCCCCUUAAAUUCAUUCCCACCAUGCCCCAAACUGAUUUUUUUGAGUAUAAGAAUACAUCACUGCCUCCAGUUAAAACUUUUUUUCUUUUUUGGCUUAUUAUUUUCUUAAGCUAAUAUCCUCAGUCUUUAAAUUGUCUAUGAGGUGCUUCAUUAUCUGGUUCUUACAUACCUUUCAGUCUUAUUUUAUUUAUUCCAGUCUCCUUCACUGAGCACUAGGCACUUCCCAGGACUAAGAGCUUAGAUUCUGGAAAAUCAGCUCUACAACUGCUGUGGCAUUGUACGACUUUGAGUAAUUUGUUUGACUUAUCUAAACCUCAGGGUUUUCUUUAAUUCUUAAAAUAGGGAUAAUAAAGGAUACUGCAUUGUAGAACUGUGAUUAUUAAAUGAUAUAGUGUCUGUUGUAGACUGAUGCAUAUAAAGGAAUAAAUUUGCAUGUAAAGUGCUUCACGUAGCACAUCAAUUAUAGCAGAUAUUCAAUAAAUCAUAAUAGCUAACGUGUGUUGAGUGUCUACUCUGCACCAGGCACUGUUCUACAUACACAGCAUAUGUUAAGUUACUCCACAGCUAGAACAAAAUUCUUCAGUGGACAAAGUAGAACAUCCCUGGGAAGCAGCAGGUCAGAAUUAAGAAAACCUAAAAAUUUUAGAAACAUAAGUGGGAGUCUUUGCACUCUAGAUACGUAAUCAGGAUAGACAACAAGUAGUAGAACUACUAACACCUACAACCAGUUUUAGGAAGUUUCUAAAGAGAAUUGGAUAAACAAUAUAAGGAGAAUGAUGAUUGAGAAGAAUACAGAACUCACAUUUAGAUCAAGAAAAGAAUAGAGGAUCACAACUCCAAAAAACCAAUAAACAUAGAAAUUCAUACUGUCCCAUAAAAAUAUACCAGGCCCACGCAAUUGUAUGGGUGAAUCUAAGUAAUUUAAGAAGCAUUUAAAUUGUUCUACACCACAGAAAAAGUAUAAAGUUUGUGAAUGUUUUAGCCAGUGGUUGUAAAAUUUAAACCAAAUAGGAAUUGAGGGUAAAAAGCUACAGACAAAUAUAUAUAGGGUUUCCUAUAUAUAUAUAAUAUAUAUAUAAUAUAUAUAGGAAUAUAUAUAAUAUAUAUAAUUUCUCCUUCAGUGAAUAUUGAGUACCUACUGUUUGCUGGACAUGGUUUUAGACACAAGGAGACAAUAGUGAUCAAUACUAAGACUAUGUCUUCAUGGAGUUAAAUUUCAAAGGCUAAAAUCAUUAACACUUAAAUAUAAAACAAUAGAUUUUCUAGACCUAGCAAAAUGAAAAAUAAUAAACUGAGGAGUAUUAUAUGGUCUAAACUGAAGAGACAGCCUAAUAAAAGUUGUCAGCUAUUCCUAAUUCACAAAUUCACUCCAAUUAGAACCAAAAUUCCUCAGGUCUUUUUUCCUUUUAAUUUCACAGCUUUGUUCUAAAUUCAUCUAUGAAGUGUGAACUCUUAAGCAAGACAGCUGUCGAGUCUGACCUAUUUCUAGAAAUUCUGCAUAUGAUUAAGAUGGCUUAGACCCAUAGAGAAAAGAUGGAUUUGGGGUUAUUAGAAUAAUUGUUUAUAUCCAUUACAGUAAGGGAAAAGCAAAUAAAAUCAUAGUGAACUAUUUCAAAAUCAUUACAUUGGCAAAAGCAUCAUAGUACCAAUUACUGGAAAGAUGUGGAGCAGUACGAAUGUUCAUACAGUGCUAUUGGAAGUAGUUGUAUUUAGGAUAAUUUAGCAAUAUCUAGUAAAGUUGAAAAUGUGGAUACUCUCUGACCCAGCAGUUCCACACUUAAACCUCUUAUAGUCUCUCCUCUCUUCAUGUGUCUAGAGAAGUAUACAUGAAAGUCUAUUUCAGUAUUAAAUUUAAGAAUGAAAAGCUUAAAGCAAUCAAAAUAACCAUUAGGGUGAAUAGAAGUUAGAUCCCAAGUUAAAAAGAAUGAAGUAGAGAUAUUUCUGUCAGCAUGGAUAAAUCUUAAAACAAUAUUAAUGAAAUUGAACUAGACAGUAUUUUGUAUUAUAUGGUACCAUUUAUAUAAAGUUUGAAAAUACGCAAAUUGAUGCCAUGUGUAUUUUCCAUGGCUAAAUACCAUAUAGAUUUAGUAUAACAACAUUCAUGGAAAUAAUAAUUAAAUCCAAAACAGUGGUGACCUCUGGAGGGGGAGAAAAAUGAGCUUGAGAAAAGGAUGCAAAAGGAGAUAUCUGUUAAUCACUCACUUCUUUAAAAAAUAAGCAAACACGGCCAAUUCUUAUAAAUUGAUAAAGCUGGUUGUUGGUUUAUAGGUAGGUUCUUAUUCUCUAUAUCUUUCUGUAUAUUUAAACUACUUCAUAAUAAAAAAAUAACAUUUAAGUA